AUUGCUAGCUAAGCAUUCCACAAAUCUCGAAAAAAUAUCAUCUUCAGCCUUUACUGUUUCUAACUUUGCCCCCUUUGCAUCUUCAUCAUUUUUAGUCAGUGAUUGCCAAUCUUCUAUGUGUUUUAUCUCCUGCCAUUUGCAUCUUCUUCCCAAUUUAUUCAAGGGAAUUAUCUCAUUAUAAAAAAUUCCAAGAAACCAUUGCCCAGUUAAUCAUUUGUUGCACAUAUACUGAACUGAGGGUGCUGAUUUUUGUUGGUUUGAAGUUUACACGAUUGUGAUGGAGAUACGAGAGGGAGACGAAGAACGGGAAAGGAUUCAGUCUGUCAAAGGAGCUAUUAACUUUUAUGGAGAAAAACCGGGAUUGAAGAAACAUCCAAUCGAAAUUUCUGAGAAAAAAUCACCUUCAAAAACAAAAGAGCUUCAUUUUGCGCAAAAGGAUAUCAAUCAAUUCAGCAAGAGCUGGAAAACUUCAGAAUCAAUAAGAACCCAAGCUGAAUCAGAACUCGUGAAAGCAAGACAGACAGUGAAAAAUCUCACUCUUCAAAUCGAAGAAUCAAACUUGAAAACAAAUGCACAAAGAAGAGAACUUGAAACACUGAAGAAGUCUGACAAAAGCCAAGAGAACUCGGCAUUAGAUGAUGGGAAAUCAGAUAGUGCUUGUAAAUAUGCUGAAGCGCAGGAGGAAUUGCAAUCAGCAAAACAGGAGUUGUGCAAACUUAAGCUUGAGAUGGCCCAUGCCAUGGAAAUGAAAGCUGAAGCCAAUAAAGAGACUGAUGCUGCAAUUUCAAGAAUAAGGUCUUGCUCAAGAACUAUAGAAACACUGAGGAAGGAAAUUGAAGAAGCCAAUGAAGAACAAGUACUUGUCGAAUUGGCUAGGAUUGAGGCUGUCAGAGAAUUUGGAGCCAUUAAAGCUCAGAGAGAAGCGGAAUCUGCUGAAUUUGUAAACAAAAUGGAAAAAGUAAAGCGCAGAAUGAAAGAUGUAACUCGAGAGAUAGAUCGCACGAAAGAGGUUGAAAUCACACUCGGCAUUACAAAUUCUGAAGUUAGCGUUUUACAAAAUGAAUUAAUGCUAGUGAAGGCCAUGGAAAUACGGUCUGAUGCAGCAAAAGCUUCAGGAGAAGAAGCCUCUCAUAGAGUCGAAGACAAAUCCACGACAUUAUCAUUGUUACAGUCGGUAACCGAAGAAAUGGAAGCGUCAAAGAAGGAACUGGCACGUAUUAAAAGAGGAGGAUUUAAGUUGAUGGCUUCUAUGGAUAUCAUAAGAGAAGAAUGCAAGAGUGUAAGUGAAGAAACAGCGCGGCUAAGGAAAGCAGAACGAGAAACAGAUGCAACUAUUCAGAAUUUAAAUACGAAACUCUUACGGGCCAAGAACAGGUUGGAAGCAGCAUCUUUAGCUGAGGAAAAAGCUGCAUCCAUUGUAUUAAAUUUAUCGACCACAUUUCAGCAGUUAAAGUCCGAAAGCGACACAGCAAGGAGAGAGUCAGGACUGAUAAACGAGGAAAUGGUGCGCAUUACCGAAGAAAAGCAGAAGAACGAAUCCGAGAUCAAAUUAACUGAAGAGAAACUGCAAUCUGCUGUACAAGAACUUGAACUGGUUAAAUCGUCAGAAGCAAUGGCCCUAGAGAAACUGAAGAUUCUCGCCGAGAAGACGGUAAUAGCUAGAGCAUCCAAGUCACAACAUUCGUCAUCUAUAACAAUUUCAAAGUUUGAGUACGAGUACUUGAUGGGGCGUGCCAAGAGGGCUGAGGCAGUGGCAGAAAAGAAAGUAGUUGCAGCGGAGGCGUGGAUUGAAGCAGUAAAAGUUGGCGAGAAAGAAAUGGAAUUGAAAAGAGAGAUAGCUGAGAGAGAGAUAAGAGAGUUAAGUUUAAUGGAAGAUCAAGAAUUAUACAGAACUGUGAAGUCAUUGAGAGAAAGUUUAGACAGUGAAACCGAGAUACAUAGCGCGAGACAGCUACAGCAAGAAAAACUGGCAGAGAUUCUGAAAAGCUCGCAGCUCGAAGAAGCGCUGCCGAGUAAAGCAACAGAGGAUCUUGCAAAUACAACUCCAACCACAGCAUUGAUUAGCAAAGCAGUAAUGGAGUACGGAACGGCAACUCCAAGCAGACGGGCAAGAGGUCGCAGAGUACCCGGAUCACCAGGAGGUCGGCAUUUGAUACAUUCAGGUUCAAUCACUCUUAGGAAGAGGAGGAAGGUUGUGCCAAAUCUAGUUAAUAAGUUGUUUAGCAGUAGUAAUAACAAGAAUCUUAUGAAUGAUGAUGAACAGCUCUAAGAAUUCAUAUGUUGUUUAUAAAAUUACAUUUUCAUUCA